GAAGAACGGCUCUAAGUGUCUGGUUCACUGCAAGAUGGGAGUCAGUCGGUCAGCCUCCACCGUGAUCGCCUACGCCAUGAAAGAGUACGGCUGGAACCUCGACCAGGCGUACGACUACGUGAAGGAGCGCCGCACCGUCACCAAGCCCAACCCCAGCUUCAUGCGCCAGCUGGAGGAAUACCAGGGCAUCCUCUUGGCCAGCAAGCAACGUCAUAACAAACUGUGGCGGUCGCACUCCGACAGCGAUCUCUCGGACCACCACGAGCCCAUCGGCAAGUCAGGGAUGGAGGUCAGCAAAAAGGAAAUCACCACCUCCGCAGACCGGAUCUCCGAAAACAAGUCUUCCAACAGCCACGUGGCGGUGCCUCCGGGGCUCCCUGGCGGCCCCCACGGGCAGUUGCUGUGCCAUUUGGGGGCUGGCCCUUUGGGGCACCUGCCCGGCAAGGAGAGGGUGAUCCAGCUAGAAAUUGCGCCCAGAGAUUUCAACGUUGAGCAGAUGGAGGACCAGCUGAACUUGAACAACAUCAACGGGUGCCCCUCCGGGUGCUGCCGGGGGGACGCCACGUCUCCCCUGGACAACUGCAACGUGCCAGAUGCCUUACUGCAGCGAGAAGAUGCCUUGGAAGUGGCCGCCGGGUUUCCGGACUUGGCGGUGGAUGAUCUGGAGAACGAUGCCCUCAAGCCCGGCGAUGGGAACGUCCACCUGGUGCCCAUGGAGGAACUGGAGUCCUGCUUGCGAGACACCCCCAGCCCGCCACCCAACCUUUCUCCGCCGGAAGAAGAGGAGGAGGAGGAAGCAGCCGCCGGAGACUUCGGGGUGGAUCGGAUUGACUUCUUCAGCGCCUUGGAGAAGUUUGUGGAGCUCUCUCAGGAGAACAGACCGCGGGCCUCGUCCGGCUCCAGGGCAGAGGAGCAGGGCAACGGGCGGAAUGGGCCCCCCAGGAUCUCUGGGCUGGAGCUGCUGCCUUCCGACCCCCCGGAGCAGGCCCAGCGAAGUGCCUCUGCCGGCAGCUCCCCGCAGGUGUCGGAGGCCUCCUCUCUGGAGGAGGAGCAGCUGAAGCUCUCGGAACCAGAGCACGCAGCCAGCCUGAUCCGGUCCCAUUCCCCUGUCGUUUCGGUCAAAGAGAUCGUGACCGAAAUCGAGUCCAUCCACCAGGGAGGAGGACAGGGGCCGGCAAAGGCAGAGGCCGCAAGCAGUCCAGCCCCAGCACCCAAGAGGAACGCCCUCCACGAGGGGCCAGCCGAGGCGACCUGGCCUUGGGAAAGCAAGCACGGGAAGGGUGAGGAGGGAGGGGACGGGGUUGGACCUGUCCCGAAGGAAGCCGCUCGAGAGCCUUUGAAACUGGAUCCCGAAGGGGCUGGGGUCCCCCCAACGCCUUCCUCUAAGCCAGACGCGGAAGGGAGGGGCUCGGCCGAAGACCCGGCAGAGGGCCGAGGGCUCCCUGGGCCCAAAUGGUGCCCCGGCUCUGUCCGACGUGCCACCCUGGAGUUUGAAGAGCGCCUCCGGCAGGAGCAGCAGGACCUGCAGCACGCGUCCCCCAUCACCCUCUUCCCCGUCCGGAAGAACUCCCGGAACGAAUCCACGGGGGCUGACCUGGCCGGGAAGGGCAGAAGCGAUGACCCGCCCCACGAGCCGGCCCAGCUCGCGAAGGGCAAGGAGGCCUCGAGGGCUGGGAGCGGCUCCGAACCGCCGGCCGAACCUUCUCCCACACCCAACGGCCCCGCAGAGGCGGCGGGAUUGGCCCGGGAGCACAGGAUGGUGCUUUUGAUGGAGAGCGACGAGGGGGCUCCUCUCCUCAACCCCCUCCCCAAGAGAAUCGAGAUCAUUGAGUACACGCACGCAUUGCCCAGCUGCCCCUGCCGCCCAGCUCUCAUCUCUUGGGGAAGCCCGGAGAAGGAGGAAGAAGGGGGGGUGGGGGCACCGGGCAACCCCGCGGCCCCCUUGCCUUCUGCCUGCCGGGCAAGCCGCUCCCCUCCGCCUUGUCUGCGUCGCCAGCACCUUCUUGGCCUGGAGGGGGUCACUCAGGGCAGCACAAGCACCGAGUCUGAGCCGGCUCCCUCAGCAGGUUAUGCUGGAAACGGGCAGUUUUCCUUGGAGGAGAGGGGCACGGGCUUCCUGCCCUGGACCCGCUGGAGCCCCAGUCCAGGAGAGGCUCCUCCGGAGGCCCCCACGGCGGCCCGCCCCCUUUGCUGCUCCCUUCCUCGCCGGUCCAGCUGCGACGGCCAGGGACCAGGCCUCGUGAAACAGCUGACGAAGGAGCUGGAAGCGCGCCUGCGCCAGGCCGGCCUCACCGCGCCUUCCCAAAUGAAGCGUUCGGCCUCCUUGGCCAAGCUGGACUGCCUGGGCUCCUUGAAGGACGACCUACCCGGGGGCUGCUGCCUGCCUCCCGCUGCCGGCCCGGAGUCGCUCCGGGUCACCCGCAGCCCCACCCUGGAUCCCGCCGUCUCCUUGCCCGCCCUCCUGUCUCCCCAGCCCACUAGGCAUUUUGUGGAACCGGUCAAGAUGUGGGGGAGCCUCGCCCUGAGCCGGCCGGUGGAGAGGCCCUUGGCCCAGUACGCCCGGGACUUCGCCCCGACCUGCCCCCCCCCGGAAGGAACGUGGACUUGGGCCCAGGGCCUGGCCAAGCCGGCCGCACUCCCUCGCAACCCCCCCGCUAGAAAUCGACUGCCCAGGAGAUUAAAAAAGGCGAACGAGAGAAAACGAAACACCUACUCCCUCUAUUAUACUAUGUGA